AUGAUCCACAAGCCAGAGAUUGAGCAGCAGCAUGAGAUGACAAGUGAUGAAGAAAUGGUUGAUAAGCCAUCACCAGAGCAGCAACGAAACGUGAAUCACGAUGAUCAAGUUGACAAAAUUACUUCUGAAAGUUCUGAUAGUUCGGAUUCUAGUACUGAAGACACCGAUAUUGCAACUGAGAAUUCUACUGAAUGCUGGAUUACAUGUAAUGGCAAAUUACGGCAUUUAACAUCUACUGUUGGCGAAUGUCAAGAACUGCUUUCAACUGCCGAUAAUGCUGAUGCCUCAAAGCACUUACUAGGUGAUUUGGUGGAUAUUGUUCAGAGAAUAAAUGUUCAGAGUUCAUCUUUACUCAAGAUGGCUGUCAAUGAACUGACAAAGCUUGAUGAUGUUCCAUAUGAAGAAAAAUCUAACAACCCUCUGGAUAAUGCUCCUAUCAAACGUGACCCGGGCAAGAGGCGGAAUAUAAUGUCUGACACAGACAGGAUUUGCCUGAUAGAACAAGGCCCUUUCCAGCCCAAACUCGCACGUUAUCCUAGAAAUCCUAACGUAAAGGAUAAGAAAAAACAAUUUACGUUUUCAUCAGAAUGGUUCAAACAGUAUCAGUACCUAGAAUAUUCCCUCCACACAGACAAAGCUUAUUGCUUUGUGUCAGUUAUUCCCUCAAUCUGACGCCAGGGAUGCUUGGAUUAAAGACGGUCAGAAUGUGUGGGACAAGAUGAAAAGUGUCAGACAAAAGAAGAAAGGGAAGCUAUCUGCUCAUUUUGGUUGUAGUAGUCACAAAGCCGCGCUACAGCAGUUGGCUAAUUUCGUCGAUCCAAGAGGACACAUAACACAUUGA